AGCAGAAAUGUAAUUCUCAAAAAUUCCAUUUGGUUUCGCCUAAAGAUAUAUAUAACUGCUGAAGCAGAAUGAGACUCUUCAGUUGUCUUCUCUUGUGAAACUCAAAAGCAGACAAAAAACCCCUCCUCUAAAAACCAAAUAGUUAAAUUCUCAGUACAUAUCCAUGGCUUUUGUUCUUGACAACAGACCGAAAAUGGCUUUGGUUUUCUUAAUUUUAGCUUCUUUUCUGCAGCUCUCUCUUGGAGUUAACUAUAAGGUUGGAGACUCAGCUGGUUGGACGACUAUUGGUAAUGUUGAUUACAAGCUAUGGGCUGCUAAUAAAACCUUUCAAGUUGGUGAUACAAUUGUAUUCAAGUACAACCCACAAUUCCACAAUGUGAUGCAAGUGACACAUGCUGAGUACCAGUCCUGCAAUGCAUCUUCACCUAUUGCAACACACACAACAGGGAAUGACUCCAUUACCAUUACAACUCAUGGCCACCAUUUUUUCCUCUGUGGUGUACCUGGUCAUUGCCAAGCAGGCCAAAAAGUCGACAUCAACGUUCUUCGUACCUCAUCAUCGGCGUCUCCAAAUCCAUCUCCUACUUCCAGUCCCCUCCCUGCUGUAACAUCUGUGCCUGCUCCUUCUCCUAGUCAUGCCUCUUAUUGGCUUCCUAAUAAAAUUGGUAUUGUUAUGGCUGUUUCUUUAGUUCUCCUUUUUAAUUUUGCUUAAGGCAGUCUUUUGAUUUUGCAAGUCUUUUUAGGUUUCUACAUGCAUGGUUAUGGCAUAUGUCAAUGACCCAAGUUGAAAACAUUAGGUAUCUCUUGUUUCCAAAAAUGUAAUAAUUGCAACACAGUUUAUGCCAGUUUUGUCAUGUGAUGAUAUAAAGUUUGUACAAGAUUGUACUUUUCGUUUCGUGUUAUAUCAUAAAUUUUACAUAA